AUUCAUUGUCAUGUCAUUCAUACAGACUUUAAAGAGAUCUAAUUGGCCAACCAGUAAAAUGCUACAUAGUCAGACAGAUUCACUGAGUUGUUCAGACAUUAUCUGCUGGCCUUGCAGUCCAUCCAUGACAUUUUGCUUUAGCACAGUCACUGCUUUGUCGUGCAAACCAAGCUCAGUCACAACUUCACAAGGGGGAGUGUUUGUCUAGAGCAGAAAGGCCCUAUCUAAUCUGUAAAUGUUUCACAUUGCAGUACACUUUGCCCUACAAUUAUUUGGCCAAUAGUAAAAACAAAACAAAAACUGGAAUGACAAGCACAGGUACUGUAUUCUUUACAAUCCAUUAAGAGGGAGAGGAGUUUGUUUCCACAACGAUAAACCUGUGGUCUGGUCUCCAUGGAGAUGGCCUGGGUUCUGGUUUCCAUGACAUUAAGGGGUCUGAUGUUGGUGGUGAUUCUGCUGUGGACUGUCACACCCACAGAUGGGGGAGAGGAUUGUGUCCUGCCCUGCAGCUUCCAGUGAUGAACUCAGCCACUGGCUGAAAGUAGAAGACAAGGACCUGAACAUCCACUCCCACUACAACAGUACAGAUCAGCUCAAACAGCAGAGCCAGCGUUUCAGAGGGAGAACAGCCCUGUUCAAUGACCAGAUCCCCAAAGGAAAUGCUUCACUACUGCUGAGAAGGAUCACACUCCAGGACCAGGGCAGAUACAAGUGUUACACCAGCACUAUUAAAGGCAACAUGGAGUCCUUCAUUAACAUAGCAGUGGAAGCUUCAGUCCACUUGGUGGACAUACAGUUAUCAGAUGACAUCAUCACCUGCAGUUCUACAGGUAUCUACCCUGAGCCUAAACUCACCUGGUCCACUGGCUCACCUGGUCCACUGCAUUUACUCAUACUAGCUGUUUGUGUGUCUGAAUCCUGCUAACUCACCCAAACUCACCUAUCCCCCUCCAGCAAAUACAAAUGGUCCAAAUGAAAACGAUCAGAGUGGAAAACCACUUCAGAAAUGAGAAAAAAAGAAAGGAAGACAUAAAAAGACAAGGUCAGCCACUGCAGACACACUAGUGCCUCAGACAGAAGAGGGGACAUAGACCCAGGGGAGGACAAAGAGGAAAGGUGACAAUUGGAUACUUUAAGUUGCAGAUAAGCAAAUAAGCAAUGAUGACAUUUUCACCUACAAAAGGCAAUGGAUCCUUCAGAUCUACAUGGAGUGCCUAGCCAGAGGGUUGUGGCUAUUACAAUACAUUGGGAUAAGUAGUUGAUUUAUUGUGGAACAUAGUUUAAGUUUUAGUUAAAUGUAUUGUGUGUGUGUGUGUGUGUAGCAGUGUGAUGUUGUUCCCCUAGAUUAUGCACCAAGUUGCACACAAGGACCAAUUCAAAUAGGCCAGGUCAAGAGGGGAUGUUUAUAAUUUGAUAAUAAUAAUAAUAAUUCAGUGUGUUUUUUACAUUUAAUUACAGCUGCAUAGCUAAUGUUAUUUGUUGGUGUACAAACACUUUUUCAUAUCAAUAUUGUAAAAGUUGUAUAUUUUGGUUUGGCCCAUUAUCUGUAUUUCCGUACCCCCUUAUUGGUCUCUUUUGCCUGACCUUCGGCUUGAAAGGUAUGUUGUCCUUGGCUCUGAAAUGGUUCAAUAUAAAACUGUGGUAAUGUUACACAAUGUACUGUUAUGCUACCAUAGGUUUGUUACAAUGUGGACAAUAUAAAGAUUUAGGGUAACAAGUUUCACUGAGCUCGCUAACUAGGGUAUCUAUUGUAACUUGUGAGUACUUGGGACAGUGUUUGAGUGAGUGUCCAUGUGCUUGCGCAGGUGCCUGAGAACUGUGAAUGUGCCAAGGGCUAAAAUAUUGUGUGUUGUCUCUUCGUGUGCAGGUAUGUCUUUUAUUUUGUCCGAAUUAUGUUCUAUAUCAUUUUACUUGUAUUGUAUGGUGUGCUGUUGUGCACUGAAUGUGUGUACGCAGCAUCUGCUAUUCCUUUUUGGUUCUCUCUUUUGCCUGACCUUCAGCUAGCAAGGUGCCUGAGAGCUGUGACUGCGCCAUGGGCUAAAAUAUUGUGUGUUGUCUCUUUGUGUGCAGGCCAAAUAAAAAAAUAAUCCAACCAGCAGA